AUGGCGAACGGUCUGCGUCGUCUCCACGCGUUUCUCACCACGUUCUCUGUCGGCGCUGCGACCGCUUGGGCGUAUGGCUUCCCGGACUGUGUCAACGGCCCGCUGAAGAGCAACGCUGUCUGUGAUAUUACCAAGGACCCUAUCACUCGAGCUACAGCGCUCAUUGGCCUCUGGACUGACGAGGAGCUCACUAGCAACACAGUCAAUGCAUCUCCGGGUGUGCCCCGUUUAGGUCUUCCCGCCUACAACUGGUGGUCAGAAGGUUUGCACGGUGUAGCCCAAAGCCCGGGUGUGACCUUUGCACCAUCCGGCAAUUUUAGUCAUGCGACCUCCUUCCCCCAACCCAUUCUGAUGGGUGCCGCAUUCGACGACACACUCAUUCAAGCGAUCGCGACCAUUGUGAGCACAGAAGGGCGCGCCUUCAACAAUGCCGGCCGCGCUGGUCUCGAUUACUGGACGCCCAAUAUCAAUCCGUUCAAGGAUCCCCGAUGGGGACGCGGACAGGAGACCCCGGGAGAGGACCCGUUCCACCUCUCCCAAUAUGUCUACAAUCUCAUCCUCGGCCUCCAAGGCGGGCUCGACCCGAAGCCGUACUUCAAGGUCGUCGCCGACUGCAAGCACUUCGCCGCGUAUGACCUGGAGAACUGGGAGGGCAUCGUGCGCAACGGGUUCGACGCGAUCGUCUCGCAGCAGGACCUGUCCGAGUUCUACCUCCCGCCGUUCCAGACGUGCGUGCGCGACGCGAAGGUCGCGAGCGUAAUGUGCUCGUACAACGCUGUGAACGGCAUCCCGUCAUGUGCGAAUAGCUUCCUGCUGCAGGAUGUGCUCCGUGACCACUGGGGAUUCACGGACGACCGAUGGGUCACGAGCGACUGCGACGCCGUUGAAAACAUUUUAACACCGCAUAAAUAUACUACCGACCCGGCACAAGCGGCGGCGGACGCGCUGCUAGCGGGCACUGACAUCGACUGCGGGACGUUCUCGUCGACGUAUCUUCCUGAAGCUCUGCAGCGUGGCCUGGUCAACUCGACCGAUCUUCGGAGAGCAGCCAUUCGUCAAUACGCAUCACUCGUUCGCCUUGGCUACUUCGACGAUCCAGCAGCUCAGCCGUAUCGUCAGUUGGGGUGGUCCGACGUCAACACCCCGCAAGCUCAGCAGCUCGCACACACCGCCGCAGUUGAGGGUAUCGUCCUACUGAAGAACGACGGAGUCCUCCCGUUCUCGAAGCACGUCCGCAAGCUCGCGCUCAUCGGUCCCUGGGCAAACGCAACGAGUCUCCUGCAGGGCAGCUACAUCGGUGUCGCACCUUACCUCGUGAGCCCGUUGCAAGGUGCACAAGAGGCCGGAUUUGAGGUCGAGUACGUGCUCGGCACCAAUGUGACGACACAGAACGACAUGAGCGGCUUUGCUGCCGCCGUCGCCGCCGUGAGGCGCGCGGACGCGGUGGUCUUCGCGGGAGGGCUGGACGAGACGGUCGAGUGUGAGGGGACAGACCGCCUGAAUGUAACGUGGCCAGGAAACCAGCUCGAUCUCGUCGCAGAGCUAGAGCGCGUAGGCAAGCCGCUGAUCGUCGCGCAGUUUGGUGGCGGCCAGCUCGACGACACCGCGCUCAAGCACAGUAAAGCAGUGAACGCAAUCAUCUGGGGCGGCUACCCUGGCCAAAGCGGCGGCACCGCGCUCUUCGACAUCCUCACGGGAAAGGCGGCCCCCGCGGGACGCCUGCCCAUCACGCAGUACCCUGCCGCGUACACCAAACAGGUCCCGAUGACGGACAUGAGCCUGCGCCCGAGUGCGACGAACCCCGGCCGGACGUACAAAUGGUACUCCGGCACGCCCGUCUUCGAAUUUGGCUUUGGGCUGCACUACACCACCUUCGUGUUCUCCUGGGCCGCCCCUAGCGCCGCCGCGGCUGUCGACUCCACCGCGUCGUUCGGCAGCCUCGCGAAAUCCUACUCCAUCUCCCAGCUAGUGGCGCACGGCCAGGAGAGCACGGCGUUCCUGGACCUGGCGCCCCUCGACACGUUCGCGGUGCGCGUGACGAACACGGGCAGGGUCGCGUCCGACUACGUCGCGCUGCUCUUCGUGAGCGGCGCGUUCGGGCCCGCGCCGCACCCGAAGAAGCAGCUCGUUGCGUACACGCGCGUGCACGGGCUUGCGCCGCGCGGCAGCACGGUCGCGCAGCUCCCGGUGACGCUGGGCGCGAUCGCACGCGCGGACAAGAACGGGGAGAAGUGGGUGCACCCCGGGACGUACACGCUCGCGCUGGACACGGAUGCGGUGCUGACGCACACGUUCACGUUGACGGGGAGCGCGGUGAAGAUCGCAUCGUGGCCCAAAGAUAGCAGUUCGUGA